GAGAGAGCGUGCAGCUGCUCGAAUGGGACGAGCCGCGUGUCGGUAAAUUCUACCAGAUAAAGGAAUAUGCCAGGUGGUGUCGACAUCGGAUUCAACAUUGACGGUUGGAAAGGCGAUUCAUGUACGAACGCAACUAAAUUUGACGUUGUGGAAGAAGAAAAACUUUCAUUUUAAUAAGAAAAUGUCAAUGCUCGCGGAGCCAAAACGCAAGCAGAAAUGGAUGUUGAAUUCGCGGGGCAAACAAUGGAGCGAAGAUUCCAACAAGUUUGGACAAAAAAUCAUGGAGAAGAUGGGAUGGAGUAAUGGAAAAGGACUUGGUGCUCAAGAGCAAGGAAUGGUGGAGCAUAUUAGAGUUAAAGUGAAGAAUGAUCAAGUUGGCGUUGGAUAUAAUAAAGAUCGUGAUAACCAUUGGAGCGAGUAUCAGGAAAGUUUUAGUCGCUUUCUAGAAGAUUUACAAAAAGAAAAGUCCUCGGAUACUGCAGAAAUUAUUAAAGAGAAAGAUGACGACCUAAAUGGAAAAUCAUUGGAUAAAACAGAACCGAUAGAAGGUAAAGAUAUAGUUUUAAAUAGAAAAUCCUUGGAAGAAAAAUCCAAACAAAGUCAAAAAAGGGUCCAUUAUAGAAAAUUUGUGAGAGGUAAGGAUGUUAAUAAAUAUAGCCCAAAGGAUUUAGCUAAUAUAUUUGGUAAAAAGAAUUUGAAUGAAAAAUAUAUAAAAGAAGAAAAUGAAGAUAAUUUCGAUAAUAAGAAUGAAAUUUAUGAUCCUAUUGGUACAAAAUGUUCAACACAUGGAAUUAUUACAAUUAAAGCUGGUAAUAUGAAUGAUUAUUUUAAAAAUAAAACAGUUCAUGCCAUUGAAAGCAGCUACUCCAACCAAAAGACCGAAGAUAUUCUAAAUGAUACUCAAAAAAAUAUCGAAUUUGGUUCUUCAUUAAAAAAUAAAAGUAAAUUUUAUGUCAAUAAUGCUGCUACUAGUCCUAUUAACAACGAUUCUGAAAGUGAAAGUGAAAGAUACACAGGAUUUGGUUUUUCAAAAAGUAAGAAAGUUAAUAAUUUAAAUUAUGUUUUCGAUAAUCCAUGUUUGGAUUUGAAUAUAUUAGAUGAUAAUUCUCCAAUACAACAAAGAAUAAAAAGUGACAUCAAUGGAAUAUUUUCCGAUAAAAUAAUUCGAAACAAACGAAAAAAUGAAUCAAGUGAAAAGGAAUCUUUGGAAUAUUCUAAUAAAUUUUCGACAAAAAAGCAAAGAAGAGAAUUUAUUUAUGACAAUGGAGGUUUAGAUUUAGAAUUUCCUGAUAAUUCUAUGCUAUCAAAAGAAGACACGAGUGAGUCGUUAUUAAAUAAAUGUGACAGUACUGUGUCAAAUAUGGAAUUAUCCCAUGAUAUUAAACUCAACAAAUGUAAAAAAAGUAAUAGGAAAUCAUUAACAAAUGGAAAUGAAAAUGAAAUUAUUUUAAAUACAGAAUUUCCAGAUAAAGUAGUGCAGGAACAAACUCAACAAAGUGACAGUAAAUCAUUGUCAAAUGGUUAUGAUAAUUUUGGAUUAGAUUUAGAAUUUUCAAAUAGGUUAACACCAAAAAAACCUAAAAGAAAUAAAAAUCUAUCAUUAUUAAAUGGAAAUAAAAAUGAUACUACUUUAAAUACAGAAUGUGUAGAUAAAUCAACAUUAAAAGAAUCUGAACAGAAUAAUUGUGAAAUAAACAUUGAAUCUUUAAAUAAAUCAACACCAAAAAAUAUUAAUUCAAUUACAAAUAAAGUUAUAUUAAAUGGAUGUGAAAAUAUUGGAUUGGAUAUAAAAUCACCAGAUAUCUCAAUAUCAAAGAAAAUUAAAAAAAAUAGGAAAUUUGAAGAUAUAUCAAAUGUAUAUGAGAAUCCAGGAUUAGAUUUAAAUUGUUCUGAUAAGAUAUCACAAAAGAAAAAAAAAAUAGUGAAAAAUUUAGAGAUUCUAGACCAGUUAACACCAAUAAACUCGAAAAAAUGGAAUAAGAAUAUGACUUUAUUAAUUGGAACUGAAAAUCCUGCUUUAAAUCUUGACCUUGUAGAUACUUCGUUAAAAGAAGCAAAAAAAUCUAAAAAGAAUAAGAAUUUAUCUGUUGGAAUUGAAAAUCCUGCGUUAGAUCUUGAACUUGUAGAUACUUCGUUAAAAGAAGCCAAAAAAUCUAAAAAGACUAAGAAUUUAUCAGUUGGAAUUGAAAAUCCUGCGUUAGAUCUUGAACUUGUAGAUACUUCGUUAAAAGAAGCCAAAAAAUCUAAAAAGACUAAGAAUUUAUCAGUUGGAAUUGAAAAUCCUGCGUUAGAUCUUGAACUUGUAGAUACUUCGUUAAAAGAAGCCAAAAAAUCUAAAAAGACUAAGAAUUUAUCAGUUGGAAUUGAAAAUCCUGCGUUAGAUCUUGAACUUGUAGAUACUUCGUUAAAAGAAGCCAAAAAAUCUAAAAAGACUAAGAAUUUAUCAGUUGGAAUUGAAAAUCCUGCGUUAGAUCUUGAACUUGUAGAUACUUCGUUAAAAGAAGCCAAAAAAUCUAAAAAGACUAAGAAUUUAUCAGUUGGAAUUGAAAAUCCUGCGUUAGAUCUUGAACUUGUAGAUACUUCGUUAAAAGAAGCCAAAAAAUCUAAAAAGAAUAAGAAUUUAUCAGUUGGAAUUGAGAAUUCUGCUUUAGAUCUUGAAAUUGUAGAAAUUCGAAAGGAAGUAAAAAAAUGUAAAGAAAUUGAAAGUUUCUCAAAUGUUUUUGACAAUCCUGCUCUUGAUUUAAAUGAUUCUGCAAAUAAUAUUCCUAUUACAUUAGAUUUUGGUUUUGAAGUAUCAAGAAUUAAAAAUGGAAUGGAAAAUGGUGCUCUAGAUUUAUCGGAUGAAAAUUCGAAUAAAAAGCGGGUAACUUUUAAUGCUCAAGUAGAGUAUAGUUCGGAUACUCCUAAAAAGAAAAAGAAAAAGAAAAAACUAGAUAAAUAUGAAGUAGCGAAUGAAAAAUGGAAAAGAAUACAUAAAACAGUAGAAUCUAUGGCUUUUAUUAAUGAAGCGAUAGAUGAGGAAAUAACAAAUAUAGAAGAAAUGGACAAUGAACUUAAUGAAAGAAAAAGUAAAAAGUGUAAACGUAAAAAAGAACGAAGAAUAUCAUUGUUAGAAACAAUUGAUGAAACUCCAGAAGAAGAAAAUUUGGAUGAAACUCCAAUAAUUAUAGGCAAAUCUGAAAAGAAAGAUGAUUAUAAGGAAAUAGAAUUUAAAGAUAAAUUAAAUGAAACUAUGGCUGAAGACUUUCAAGAGAUUCCGGUUGAAAUUUUACUUCAUAAGAAAAAGAAGAAAAAGAAGAAAAUUUUAAAAGAAACAUUAAAUAAACUCGAUGAAUCAGAGGAAAUAAAUGUAACAGAAGGGCAAAAAGAAAUAAUGAAUACUUCUGUAGAAUUAACUAAUCAAAUUAAACAAAGAAAGAAACAAAUUGUACUACAGUAG